AUUUUAGGCGAGUGCUACACGUGCGGAAGAGUAAGAUUUAACACACUCCGUAACGUGUUGGAUGUAUUUUUAAACUUAAGGAUAAGUGGGCCCUUUGAGCAUGGCCAGGAGGUGGACGGGCGGCCACUCUGCUCCCAUUCUCUGUGUAGGGGCAGCUGGAGGCCCUGAGGGGCUGCUGGCCUCAGGGGCAGAGGGUGGCGAGGUGACAGUGUGGAACCAGGAGGGGGCGCCGCUGGCCCAGCUCAGACUGCAGGCCGGGGAGGAUGUCACCAGCGCCGUGUUCUCCCCCUCAGCUCCCGGCUCGCUCUAUGUGUCGCAUGGCGAGACGGUCUGCGUGCUGGACCCACGGAAUCUGAAGGGCCCGGUCAAGGAGCUGCGCGUGGGCGAGGACGAAAUCAACACCCUGUCACUGAACGAGACAGGGGCGCUGCUGGCAGCCGCAGAUGACUCCGGGGCGGUACGGGUCGUGGAGCUGGACAGUGGGAAAAUCAGCAGGACACUGCGGAGGCACACUAACAUCUGCUCCUCUGUGGUCUUCAGACCUCAACGACCUCAAAGCCUAGUCUCUGCUGGACUCGACAUGCAGCUCAUGUUGUGGAGUCUUCAGAAGGCCCGCCCCCUGUGGGUGCUUAAUCUGCAGGAAGUGGUGGAGGAAGAGGAGGGGCGGCAACAGACUGCGGGACAGCUCUUCAACCCGCCGUUGGCCCACUGUGUGUCCGUGGCGACCUGCGGGAACGUGAUCGCCUGCGCAGCCGAGGACGGGCGGGUGCAUGUGCUGAGGGUGGGCGGCGGCUCGCGGAUAGAGCAGCAGGCGGCGCUGCGGGCGCACAGCCAAGGGGCCUCCCAGGCUCACUUCCUCAGCUUCCUGUCCCACCCUUACUGGCUGGCCACGGGGGGCAACGAUGGACGGGUGGCGUUGUGGGACGUCAGCGGGACCGGGACUGCGGCAGAGGGCAAGAGCAAACCCCGCGGGCCGUCCCACCGCAGGAGGCCCAAAGGCCGGUCAAAACCCAAGCAGCAGCCCACGCCCCAGCCCCAGGACAAGGCCACUCCCGAGGUACAGCAGGAGGAGCAGGGGGAAGAGGAGGGGGCGAGCGCUCCCCUGGGCCCAGAGACACCGUUACCCGCAUCACCAAAGCUCAGUAUCAGCCAUGGAGACAAGGUGAACUGGGUCUGCCCCGCCCUGCUGAAGGGGGAGCCAAGCCUCCUGGUUGCAGACCAGAGCAGUGACCUGUCAGUGUACUCCCUCAGUGGGCUGUAGAUCCCCCUGGGAUUGCUGCUCUGAAUCACACGGACCUUGAUGAACCAAUGAUCACACAGAAGAGAAUCAGAGUGGGGAUUUGUAGGAGAGCAGAGGUUAAUGUCUGAAGGCCCCAAAACUUAAAGCAUAGCCUCUGAUCAGAGAUUUAUUACAGUCUGUGACUCAGUGCUAAAGGUAC